AGAGCUGCAAUGAGCGAACACAAGGUCGCCAUGCCAACCUCCCUGUCCAUCACAACACAGGGCAUUAUGUCUCUAUGGGUCAGGGAGACACCCUGGCAGGCAGUGGGGCCUCCACCCAGAAUCAGUCCUACUCUGUCGCCAGAGCAGAGAUUAGUGUCCCUUGCAGCCUCAGAGCUGCCCAGAAAAUGGGAAGCAGCUGGCCCGGGAUGCCCAGAGUUGCAUUUUUCCUUCUGCUGGUACUGCCCCCUCUCCUGGCAAGCAGUGGGGCAUACCAGCACAGAGCCCCGACCUGGCUAGAUUUCCACUACUUCAGUCGGGCCAGGAGAAACCUCCCCAGCAACACCAACCUAGAUGGGGAGAGCACCCGCCAGGGCCACAGCCAGGACACCGGGUCCAGGGAGAGGCUAGCAGAUCACAAGAAAUCCUGCCAAAGCAAUCUUGACCUCUAUUUAAUCUUGGACAAGUCAGGCAGUGUGGACACCAACUGGAUAUUUACAUACGGCUUCGUAGAGGAUUUCCUCAAAAUAUUUGAAAACCCGAACAUGCGGGUCUCCAUCAUCACCUUCUCCACAAGGGGCCACACCGUCCUAAAGCUCACCUCGGACAAAAAAGAAAUCGAAGAGGGUCUCAACCAACUGCGGAACACAGUGCCUACCGGAGACACAAACAUGCAGGAAGGAUUUAAAGCGGUCAAUGAGCAGAUCUCCACAGCAAACUCUGGAGAAGAGAAAGUUCACUCCAUGGUUGUCUCCCUAAUUGAUGGAACACUUUGGCCAGAGUCAUUUGAGGCUACCAAGUAUGAAGCUCAGAAGACUCGACAAUUGGGGGGGACUGUUUACACUGUGGGUGUCAACAACUACAUGAAAAAUCAGCUCCUGGCAAUUGCGGACAGCGAGAAGCACGUGGUUGGUGUGGACACUGGAUUCUAUGAUCUCAAGAACGUCGUUGACUCACUCGCAGCUAAGUCCUGCAUUGAGCUUACAAGUGUGGCACCUCCCAUUCACUGUGUGGGAGAAAACUACGAUGUAAGUGUCUUCGGGAGAGGUUUUUGUAACACCAAAAACAAAAACAAAGUUCUUUGCAGAUUUAAGAUAAGUGACACCAUAUUUUUUGAUAAAAAAGCCGCCCAGGUGGAAGAUACCAGUAUAAAGUGUUCGGGAGUGAAGAUAGAGGUACCAGCCAAUGAGAUCUCUGUUGAAGUGAGCCUGAACAACGGUGCCAGCUUCAUCAGCAACGGGCUCAAGAUCAGCAGCAAGGACUGUGGGGAUCACAGGACCAGCCAGAGGACGCACAUUAGCCCUUCAGGAGUCCCACCGACGCACAGCUCAUCUGUCAUCAGGCCCAUGAGGAAAGCCCUCAGGAGAAACUCAGGGCAGAUCCCGGGACUGCAGCCACCUUUCGUUCUCAAUGUGGGAACGCCUGGUUCCACAAAUCAAGGCUCACAGUUUCCCGAUAUCAACCCUUACCACUUGGCUACAUUGCUGCUGAUAAUCUUAAUGCCAGUGCUAAUCGGGUGUUGGUGGCGACUCCGUAGCAGUAGGAACAAGGAGCCAGAGCAAACGUGUGUACCAACAUGCCCCCCCACGGUGGUGGUCCCUAGUGGUGCAGACGGCAACCUAAAACAACUAGAGAACAAACUGGAUAUGCUGGGCAUGCAGAUCAUGGGCAACUUUUUUCAAAAGCGCAACCGGUGCCCAAGGAUGUGGUGUCAGCCCAGACGCAAGACGUGCUCCUUAUUCAGGUCCCCACGGGGGAAGAUGCCCGGCCCGGCGUGCUUUCCCUUCAACUGCAGCUGGUCUCGUUGCCCAUAUGCCCCGUGCCCACCUCCCCAACUCUCAUGCUCCCAGCCCCCACAAUUCGCCUGCUCCAUCGGCCCUCCGGGAUAUUCCCAGUGAUCCCUGCCGCUGUGGGAACAUGCGGUGCGGGCCCUCUGUCACCCCCGGCCCCGCAGCCUAGUGUUACGUCUCCAAAGCGUAGAGUAAGGUCUUUGUGUACUGCACUAGACACGCGAGUUGAGUCUUGGUUUACAGCGACAGGAGUUGAUCCGCAGGAGAAGUGGAUCCCUGGUGAACCCUGUCCACUGUGCGGGAAGUGGCCACGCUGUUCCUGCCAGGACAGAGCACCCUUCUGUCCUUGGCUGUGCACACGGAUGAGUCCCCCCACAGCCUGGUCUUCAUCCGUCACCAAGGGCUGGGACACAUUGGGUUUUAGCUAAAUUCUGCUCUUUGCAAAAAGCCAGGAUGUCUUUGAAAGACAAUACAGUCCUGUCCCCUCCCAAAGGCAGGAGAGAAGUACCUGACUUUACGGAGAGAAGUACCUGACUGUCUCACCUCCCUCACUCCCAUUUUCUUUUCAUUUUCUGAUUACCACUUUCCGGAUACCUCAUAGAAAGAGACAAGACCCUCUCAAGUUCACCCACUAAAAGUCCAACCUGUCUUUAAAAUACCCCAAACUGGGCCUCUCUGGUGGCGCAGCAGGUUGAGCGCCACACUGUGAAGCUGUCUGCAGCCUCCUCAGCGCCAGUUUGAUUCCCAGCUGGCCAGGGAGAAUCCCACAUGGCGAGGCAGAAUAUCCCGUCUCGCCCGCUGCCCCCUCAGCAGGGCCUUCGGUCCGUCUGCCUGUUCCGCUUCCUGCUCUGACUCUGGUGAACCCUCCCACGACUCUGGCCUGUA